CAGGGGCGGACUGACCAUUUGGAAACUCGGGCACUGCCCGAGGGCCCAGGGUCAGUAGGGGGCCCCAUGAGAUGCCCCUGGUACCUUUUUCAUAGGCUUUUUUGAGUUGGGCAAGGACACAGGGGCCCCUAUUGCCCGGGGGCCCCAUGAGUUGUCAGUCCGCCCCUGAUCAUGUAUUAGCUAUACCAGAACCUAGAUAUGUUACAAUUACUUACUUGCCCGAGGGUCCGGGGUCAGUAGGGGGCCCCAUGAAAUGCCCCAGGUACCUUUUUCAUAGGCUUUUUUGAGUUUGGGCAAGGACACAGGGGCCCCAUGAUCCCCUAUUGCUCGGGGGCCCC